ACUCGAAUGGCGGGGAAAGCGUUUGGCCGGAGAAAAACCUCCACUUUUAUCUAAGCCCAUCUCCAAUGGCGGAUGCCCAUUUGGCACCUUCGCUCGCACGGAACCCUUUCUCACGCUCUCCACUCCGCCACCCCAUCCCCCCUUCCUCCUCCUCCUCCUCUUCCUCCCUUGCUGCCGCUUUGCCGAGUGCCUCUUUCCGUUCCCUUGUUUCCAUGGCCGCCCCGCAUGGUGCCAGUUCCUCUCCGUUCACUAAUUGUCAAAACCCUAGCUCCUUCCCCCCGCCAUCUUUGCUUGUGUUCUCAGGUGGAACUGCAUUUAAUGGAGUUGUGGAGGAGUUAAAGAAAGUGACAACGCGUGUGGCACAUGUUCUUCCGGUUUCAGAUGAUGGAGGGAGUACAGCUGAGAUUGUUCGAGUGCUUGGAGGACCAGCUGUUGGUGACAUUAGAUCAAGGUGCUUGAGAUUGUCAGAUGAAAGCACCUUUGAAGCUUUAGCUGUCCGGAGGUUGCUUGGACACCGGUUACCUCUUGAUCCAUCGGCAGCUAAAUCAGAGUGGUAUGAAAUUGUUGAAGGAGAGCACUCUUUAUGGAAAGGCGUAUCACGACCUUACAGAGAGACAAUUCAUGCAUUUCUGGCUUACUUCCAAAAUCAGAUCCUCCGACGUCCAAGUGACUCAUUUUGUUUCAGCAAUGGCAGCAUUGGUAAUUUCUUUUUUGCCGGGGCACGCUUGUUCUUUCAGUCUUUAGAUGCUGCCAUAUUCUUGUUUUCUCGUGUUUCUGAAAUUCCCAAAGAAAGCCUUGUUCUGCCUGUAAUUUCCACCAAUGACCGGCUUACAUUGGGAUGUGAAUUAUGGGAUGGAACUAUUAUCCGUGGUCAAAAUGAAAUAUCGCAUCCCACUAAUGGAUGUAUGGAGCCCAUAAAUAAGGAUUGCAAUUCAGCUGCAAAAUUGCCAUCAGGAAUAAAGCGGGUAUUUUACAUAUCAAGUGAGGGAAGCAACUUGUUGCAUGAGGUCUUCCCUGCCGCUAAUCCUACUGUUUUGGAGCAGUUGAAUAAAGUGGACUGCAUUGUAUAUGCCAUGGGAUCUCUUUUUACUUCUAUCUGCCCUUCAUUG